AUGGCUUCUGAUAGCCCUAAAACACCAAAACCUUCUUACGCCGCCGCACUGAAUGCAGAUUCCCCAAUCCCUUUUGCCAUCGCUGAUCUGCCAUCCCCUUUUCUGGAGGAAGGUUUAAUCUCAAUUCGCAUCUCUGAGGAACCUUUUCUUCGUGGCCUGGAGAGAUGCAAAAGUAACUUGAUUGGUCGAGUUAAUUCCCAAAUCAAGACCCCAGACCUAGUUCAGCAACUGAAACAUCUAUGGUCCGGCUUGGAGCAAUGGACUGUGGCUCCUCUUGGCAGAGGAUUCUUUAUGCUGCAGUUCAAAACUUUGAGCGACAUGCAGCGCGUCUGGUCGUCGGGGACGGUGCGUUUGAAUUCCGGAAUGCUUCGUCUGAUCAAAUGGUCACCUGAGUUCUCACCAUCCACCUACAAAAACACUUUCGCGCAGGUUUGGGUGCGCUUCUGGGACUUAGGGUUUGCUUACUGGGAUCAGCAAACUCUAUUUGAAAUUGCAUCAGGUCUUGGUACACCUUUAAAACUUGACACUCGAACCAAGAACCGAACAAUUGGGUUGUUUGCUAGAGUUCUAGUCGACAUCGACCUCUCUCAAUCUCUUCAUGAUAAAAUCAGAAUCACCAGAGCAAAUGGUGAGGUCGUUGUGGUCGGGGUUGAAUAUGAGUCACCUCCUGAUAUUUGUAGCAGAUGUGGGAUUGUAGGGCAUAUCGCGGCAAACUGCCAUGCUGCGCCCUCUGAGAGCCCUGAGGAUGCCGGUGUCCCAACUGAGCGUGGCAGGUCCGUCGCGCGCUCUACGCAGAAACGAAGGAAGAAGAAUAAGUCGCGCUCCCAGCGACGUUCAAAAUUAGACCCUACAUCGGGUCUGGCACCAACCAGGAACAUCACCUCUACUGUUAGGGCAGAGGCCGUAACAAAUACGGUGGAAGAGGCUCCUUUGAUUCCUGAGAACACUAUAGUUUCCAGUGAUAGUGUUCCUCCAGGCUUCCAAAGACUGGUUCCGGAAAUUGAAGCGCAAGACUCAAGCUCCACAUCAACUCCCGUGGUGUCGGCAGUGGCUCCUCCAAUUGUUAUCGCAGACUGUAAUCAAACCUCAGAGGAUUGCCCGUUGGAGGAGAGUACUGAGGUGCUAGAAGAAGGUGAAUUCACACCAGUCCUUUCUAAGAAAUCAAAGAAACUGCUGAAGCAGAAUGACAAAACGAAAAAGAAAGUUGUCUCCCGCAAGCCCUCUGGACGUGCUCUCCUUAACAAGGGAGCUAAUCUCAAGUGUUUUUAA